GCAAUCAGUGAGUCGUGGCGUUGGUGGUCCUGCUGUGCAGCGUGGAGAAGAAGAAGGGGCACUGUGUGUGUGCUUCUUGCUCGCUUGCCUUCCGUUGUUGUUGUUGUCGUCCUACCUCACCUGCAGAGGUUUCACUGGCUGCCUGCGUGGUUGUGUUGUUGCCUGUUUGCUUGCUUGCCUGCCUGCUUUGGUUUGCUUGUUGUGUGCGUGUGUUUGUUUCCACUGUUCCUCCCUCUUUUCUUCUCUUUCUUUCGUCGUCAUUCAUCCUCACAAACACGCACACAAUCUCUCGCUGCUGUCCUUCGUUUCACUCACUCUCCCGCCCGCCAGUUUGAUCGCAAAGACCCGACCGUCCCCCUUCAUUUCCUGCUCUCUCUCUCUCUCUCACCGCUGAAGAAGCAUGUCUGACACCAAGCGCGCAAAGUCCACCGACAUGGAGCUCAACAAGAAGUGCAUCAACACCAUCCGUGUUUUGGCUGCCGACACGGUGCAGAAGGCCAACUCCGGCCAUCCCGGUGCUCCCAUGGGCUGCGCUCCUAUGGCCCACGCCCUGUGGUCCUAUGUGAUGAACUACAACCCAGGCAACCCCAAGUGGUCCAACCGCGAUCGCUUUGUCCUCUCCAACGGCCACGCAUGCGCCCUGCAGUACUGCAUGCUGCACCUCACGGGCUAUCCUUUGACCAUCGACGACCUCAAGCACUUCCGCCAAGUUGGCAGCAAGACGCCUGGUCAUCCCGAGAACCACAUCACGGAGGGCAUUGAGGUCUCCACCGGUCCCCUCGGCCAGGGCAUCUCCAACGCGGUUGGUCUCGCUCUGUCGGAGCGCCACCUCGCCGGCACCUACAACCGGCCCGGCUUUGACAUUGUCGACCACUUCACCUACGUCAUCUGCGGUGACGGCUGCCUUCAGGAGGGCGUCUCUGGCGAGGCGUGCUCCCUCGCUGGCCACCUCAAGCUCGGCAAGCUCAUCGUCCUCUACGACGACAACCAGAUCACGAUUGACGGCCCCACGUCGCUGAGCUUCGACGAGGAUGUUGUCAAGCGCUACGAGGCGUACGGCUGGCACACCCAGACCGUCUCCACUGGCGACAAGGAGGAUGUGACGGAUCUCCUUGAUGCCAUCAAGGCUGCCCAGGCCGAGACGGAGCGCCCGUCGCUCAUCAAGGUCAAGACGACCAUUGGCUUUGGGUCCGCCAAGCAGGGCACCGAGAAGGUGCACGGCUCUCCACUCGGCGACGACGACAUUGCCAGCGUCAAGAAGCUGUUUGGCUUUGACCCGGAGAAGAAGUUCUUCGUGCCGGAGGAUGUUGCUGCCCACUUUGGCAAGUUCAAGGGCGUUGGCGCCGAGAAGGAAGCUUCGUGGACCUCCCUCUUUGCUGCCUACGAGCAGUCCUUCCCAGACCUUGCUGCCCAGUACAAGCGCGCCAUGGCUGGCGAGCUCCCUGCUGGCUGGGAGGCCGAGCUGCCCACCUACAAGCCCACGGACAAGAGCGAGGGCUCGCGCAAGUACUCGUCGCACGUGCUCAAGGCGGUUGUGCCCAAGAUUCCGGAGCUGAUUGGCGGCUCUGCCGACCUCACCCCGUCCAACAACACCAAGGUCCCCGGCAACAGCGUCGACUUUGCCCCACAGACGCCAGAGGGCAGGUACAUCCGCUUUGGUGUGCGCGAGCACGGCAUGGCAGCCAUCUGCAACGGCAUCGCUGCUCACGGCGGCCUCAUCCCUUUUGGCGCAACCUUCCUCACCUUCACAGGGUACUGCCUUGGCUCCAUCCGCUUGUCUGCGCUGUCGCACCUGCGCGUGCUGUACAUCUUCACCCACGACUCGAUUGGUCUUGGCGAGGACGGUCCCACGCAUCAGCCCGUGGAGACCCUGGCCCACCUCCGCGCCCUGCCAAACCUCUACGUCUUCCGCCCCGCUGACGGCAACGAGACCUCUGGCGCCUACAAGGUCGCCCUGGCCGCCAGCACCACCCCGUCUGUCUUUGCGCUCUCCCGUCAGAGCGCUGUGCACGUCGAGGGCACGAGCAUUGACGGCGUUGCCAAGGGCGCAUACACUGUGCAGGACGCCCCCAACCCGCAGAUCAUCCUGACGGCCACGGGCACGGAGCUCUCCCUCGUCGCCGACGCCGCAAAGGAGCUCGCAAAGGAGGGCAUCCACGCCCGCGUGGUGUCCUUCCCUUGCUGGGAGCUCUUUGACGCCCAGUCCCAGGAGUACAAGGAGUCCGUCUUCACCCCUGGCGUGCCCGUCCUCUCUGUCGAGGCCCAGUGCACGCAGGGCUGGGAGAAGUACUCGCAUGCGCAGGUCGGCAUGCACAGCUUUGGCGCCUCCGGCCCCGGCGGAGAGGUCAUGAAGUCGUUUGGCUUCACCGUGGAGAACGUGGCUGCCAAGGCCAAGACCGUGGUCGACUUCUUUAAGGGCAGCGCCCCUGCCCUCAUCCGCAAGCCCUUCUAAACCCCGCACACGCACACGCACACGCACAUGCACACACACACACACACACAUAUGCACGCACGCGUGCUUUGAUGCUGUCUUGUCGGUUGUGUUGUGUGAGACGCGGCGUUGCCACUGUCCCUUUCACAUGUUGACUGUUGUGUGAUGCUCUGUUGUUGGCGCAACCCAGUGCUAUUGUUGACGUUUAUUCGUCCCCACCACACCCUCUGUUCUGGUCAUGUGCACGUUGUAAACAUCAGCAUCGUGUUGACCUUCCUCCCACAAUGAACCCAAAUUGAAGCAGAUCGCAUGCGCAC